AUUUAACACUUGUUUUUAUUUGUUUUUAGUAACUUCAGCAUUCUAUUAUGGGGACUAAUAUUUUUUAUUAUAUUUUUAUUUAUUUGUGCCUUGGUUAAUGAUUUGUUCUAAGUCUUUGUUAAAGCAGUGGCUGUUGUUCAAUCUGUUUUGUUCUCAGUUAUACAUCUCUGUAGAAAAAAUAAAUAUUCUAAACCUCAUUUGCUAAAUCGCAGGUACGAACCAAAUACUACUGCGGAGAAUGCCCAGGUUGUCUUACCACAACGCCCUGUGGGAACUGCUUGUACUGUGAAGAUAUGCCAAAGUUUGGAGGGCCCGGAAGAUAUAGACAGAAAUGUGUGAAGCAGUUGUGCGUUUACUCCCCGACUGCAAGCACUGAAGUUGUCAAAUCGGUCAAAACUAACGUAUGAUGAGCAGCACAUUGCCCAGGAAACCCUCUCCCAUCUAGCAUGCGCCCCAGAAGGAGCUAUUCAUUUAGAGUGUGAAGUGAGCCCAAUGAGCAGAGAACACCUGGAAGAAACCGAAAGUAUAGAAGAAAUUGAACAGAUAGAUGAGACUGAUGGCGUGACAGAAGGAGAAGAUAGCAACGCCAUGUCACAGGUCAGAAGCCUUUUAGAGAGCAUCAGUGCAAAAGCAGGAAUGGGUGAGCCAGGGCCAAUUACCAAAGUUGAAUCCAUACCCCUUAUCAGUGUUACUCCUGAACCAGACAUUUCUGAAAGAGAGGCACUGGAAGUUCCUGUCGAUGUUCCUGUCACCAUAGACACGCCCGGUGUCGCAGAAGAAGAGCAACCAUCUCGCUUGGCUACUGAGGAAGGUGAGGAGGACUUGGAGGAAGUGGAAGAGGAUGAAGAGGAUGAUGAUGAUUUGGUGUCUGAAGCAUCCGAUGUUCCUUCACCACCAUCGACACCUUCUCCGCGCCCUAGAGUACGUGGACGAAAGCAUAAUAGAGGUAGAGGGCGGGGGAGAGGCAAACUUACAAGAGCGAGUCUAGCGAGGUUGAAAAAAGCCACAAGACGAGGUCGUAGACGGAGGACUCCUCGUUUCACACUUGGUCCUGAGGAUCAUUCUGAUUAUGAAGAUGAGAUAAUGUUAGUGGAGACUGGCGAGUCUCUGGUAGAGGAACCAUCAGCUUCUGAUAAGUGUGAGACAAAGGGAGACUUGGAUCUCCAACCUUCAAAUGAUGCGUCAACUAAAGACAUCAACAAUGGCCAAGGAACCAAAGAAAAACCAACUAAUAUUCCAGCAGCAGAGAAAAUUGAGGACCAAGGAUAUUCCAAAUCAUCCACAGUGGAAGUGAAAGGUGACAUCAGAACUGUGCAUAAGGUUGAUUUGAUGUUCCAAGAGUCGCAGGUGAAUGUGUCGCAGAAUCCUAGUGAAAACACAGAUUCAGUUAGUCAUAAGCACAAUGGCCCGUAUGUAUUUCAUGAUGAGGAAUCCGGUCAGGGUGGAAGAGAUGUCAAUGAAAACUUGGGGUCUGUAAGUGAGACAGCAUCUGCAUAGCACUUGCUUCAGAAACCUAUAAAGCCCACCCAUAUUCCAGUACAACUUUCAAGAGAAUAAGCUUGCCAAGUGUGACUGUUUGACAGGUGUGUGUAUAGACAGACAUUAUAUACAUACAUAUAUAUACAUAUAUGUUAUAUGUGCAUAGAAUAAGAAUGUUCUUGUUUACAAUUCCUUUAGCUUCAUCAUGAGAAUGUUGAUGUUAUGGCUUCUGAAUCAUUGUUAUUUUGUUAUUUUUGAGCUGCUCAUUAACAGAAAGUAGUACACAUUAUAUUCUCUGAUAUGUUCAGCUCAUUGACUGUGAAAGAAAUGAUCUGCUUUACAAAUUAACCAUGUAAGACCACUGUGUAAUGCGAAGAUCAGUUGUAAUCAAUUUAUCUGUUUAAAGUUGGGUAAAGUAUGUCGAUGGAAGAAGCAUUGACGGGCACUGCUUGUUGAACACAGGCACAUUGUUCCUCUUUUCCUUUGGUAAUAUUUCUAAGCUAGUCAGGUAUGUCAUCCUUGACUUACAGUGAAGUAAAUAUUGCAGAAACUCUGAUGUGCCAUGAACAUUAAGUCAAGUGAUGAAGAGUGCAUAAUGUUAUAAGUCAUGAUUACAAAAGUAUGAACUUUUGGCAGUGUGUGAAGUAAAUGUAAAUAUGGCAACAUGUUGUUAAAGAUGAUGCCUUUCUGAAUCUCAUAUGUGCCCAAAAGUUAACAAAUUAUUUAAGUGCCAUUUUCCUCUUGUCCAUUUGGACAGAAAUUUAUUAUAAAGUGAACUUUAUAAUCCUGCAAAUAUUCCUUAACUUCAAUUAUUUUUUGGAAGAAGUACAAAGUUGUGUCUAAUUGUGAAUGUGAUGAGCCACUGAUGCGAUGCUGACUGCUUAUAAAAUAUGGUAGUAUUAGUGCCAAGCAAGGCCAAGUGUUUCAUUGUACCUUGAGUGAUUAGUGAUUGUAUUCUGUUAGCUCUGGAGAGUUAAAGGAGCAUGAACAGUGUUUGAAUUUAUUCCAGAAAGUCAAAAUAUUUGUUGUGCUAUUUGUUACUUUAAGAACCUUCAGAUUCUGUACAUUAUUUCCUUCCAUAAAGAGUUGUUAUGCAGCUACAUGCUUUGAUUUUUGUUGACAAGACUAACCACUCCAAUAGAGCUUGUGAUUGUACAUACACCAAUGAACCCUUGCUAUUGAGAUUUCAGCAUCUGCGUGUUUGCUUAGAGGCAGUAUAAUAUUAUAUAAUAUUACUGUAUUUUGUUAUAUAAGCUACAAAUGCUCCAUGUUUGGUGUUCCUAUAUUGUUCUUAGUUUUAGUCAGUAGAGUUAUAUUGAUACUAGAGUUUUGCCAUAUAGUACCUAGAUAUAUUUAAAUAGGAACUUAUGCUGAAUAAAACUGAUAUAUAGCUUUCUUUUUUCAUAUAGGAAGCACUAUUUGUGUUCAGAUGGAAAUAUGUUGGUUGUUCUUGCACAUUUGAAGAUAUUUUUUGCUUAUUUUUUGAAUUGACUAAAUGUAGAAAGUGAUUUAAAAUAUUGUGGAAAAUAUUCAGACAUAUUAGUAUUUAUGUAUUUUGUUACUGCACAAUAGUUAAGGCAAACAGUGGCGUGCAUACUCUUCACGGGAGUUACUAGUCGGUAUAUUUGCUCGAAUGUGCUCUGUGUAUGUUUGACUUUUUUCUUUUCUCUUUCUCUUUUUUUUUUCUUUUCUUUUCUUUUCUUUUCUUUUCUAUUCUUUUCUUUUCUUUUUCAAUCUGAUAUUAUUUACAAAAGAGACAUGUAAGUAUACGAGCCUUUGCUACAAAAAGGGACUUGAUUUCUAAAGUACUAUCUUAUAUGUUUUGCAAAGAACAUUGGGAUAUUCAACAAAAUGGUUUUCAUUAACUUAUUUUAACUAAUGGCGGGAAUAAAAUACCCAGCAGUAGUGACUUUGUAGUCAAUGCUGUAUAGGAAGUUUUUUUUAAGUUAGUAUAUAAACAUUAUAAACAAAUAUUUUAUUUUUUUAUAAUUUUAUUUUAAAAAUAUUUUCCACAAACAUACACAUAAAAUUUACACUUGCAUGCACAUGCACUACAAAAAGCAAAUUAAUUUAAUUGCCAGUAAUAUUGAGAAUAUAUAAAAUUUUCAUUUUAAUGGUAUAAGUUAAAAUAGCAAUUGCAAUAUUCAUGUGUUAUUUUGAGGGAAAAGUUUCACUUUUUUUUUUUAAGACCAUUGGGUUGAAAAUGCUCUAUACUUCAUAGUGUGCAAUGCCUGCGUGCCUGUCCUGCUGCACAUAUCAUGUCCUUGUGGCAUUUACAGGGUAUUUAACUUUUCUUGUACACUAAAUAAAUCUGAUCCUGUUGAUUUUCAUUCCAGGCAAGUGAAUGAAUGGAAAUUAUUUUUGUCAUGGUCUAUGAGAGAAAAUUAUGUACCUAUAAUUUACUUCUAAAAACAGUGAAUAUGAAUAGUUCUAAGAGAGAAUCAUGCCUUAAAUUCACUUACCUUAAACUAUUUUUCGGAAGAGUUGUUUAAAAGAAAUUAUUAGCUAUGUAUGCUAUUUGUAAAAAAAGUGCUUUUGUGCAACUAUGAGCCAUAAAAAAAGUUGUGGGAGUCCUGUAAGUGUCAUUGUAAUUAAACUCCAAAUAGACCACAAUUAGGUCUUGUCAGUCAAAGCUUGAUGUGUUCAAUCAGGCUGCAAAUCCAUUUCCUUCUGUGUUGAACUAGUUCCACACAGUUGUCAGCAAUAGUAAUAUCAAAAGUAUUUUAUACCAACCAAGAUCCAGUAACAGGCAACACUUAAGAUUUUGCAGUCUUCCUAAGUUCUCCAUAGAUUGUUUAAGAGCUUUCCUGUCAUUUUACAACUUAAUGGCCCAGUUGUCAUGAAAACAAGAAUAUAUUAACAAUGUAUAUAUGGAGUGUUUGUGUAGAUAACAUAGAUUUCUCAAAUGGGCAGUAUUGCCAGCCUUUUCUCCAUCUACACUAAGAUGCAAUGGAUCCUUGUCAGUGGGAAUACCAAAUAACAAGAAACAUUUCCCUACAAAAUACUUUAAGAAUUCGUUCUUUGAAACAUCUUGAACAUCCUGUACAAAGGAAGAUUCAGUCCCUACCUAUGAGCUGUGAGACUCUCCCAGCCUUUCUGUACCCACACAGUUGCCAAAAUUGCCGCACAGUGUUCAGUGUAAGUCUAAAUAAAGCAUAUGCAAAGAAA